GUUUUUAGCUUUGCUUCGAUUUCAGUAUUUUUUUUUAUAUUUUUUAGUUCCCCUUUCAUUUGAAAAAUUACCUAAUAGCUAUUUGUUGUGAAGGCCAUUCUUGUUUCAGCUAAUGUUUAUGUUGCCUUUGGUUCAGGUUUUCUAAUGGUUUAUAUAAAAGAGUUGACCUUUCUUGGUUUUUUUUGUUUGGUUCGAAGGUUUGAUGUGAAGGGCUAUGUGACUGGGGUUUGGGAAUCUUGACUGGAAGAGAACACAUGAGGAGGCAGAAGCUUUGCGAAGGUGUCCAGGUAUGCAGUGCAACUUCUUUUUUGCUUAAACACAUGUAUAUCGUUUUAAAAAGAUUGGGCUCAUGCAUUUAUUUUAAUUCUUCUUCAGAAUCUUGUAAAUCUGAAUUUAGUAGAUCUUAAUUAUUUAUCGCACCUAGUCGAGCUCCUAGGUUUCUCCAAGGCCCCAAAUCUUGAAGAAGUAAAUGUUUCCAACUGCAAGCGUCUGCAGCAAGUUCCCCUAUCUGUUUUAUCUUCUCAAAGGCUGAGUUAUCUCUUUCUAAAUGAUUGUAAUGAACUAAGAAGUUUCCAGCACAACAUUCAUUAUCAAUCUCUUAAGACAUUCUCGUUCUAUAGCUGCAUUGGUCUCAGAGAGUUCUCGCUGACACAGCUUAACCACAGCACAGACAAAUUGGUGUUAUCAGCUCCGCUUGAACGGUUAAAACUGAAUUACUGUUCCAAUCUUUCUCUGCUUCCAGAGAAUAUAAGCAUUCUUUCAUCAUUGAAGGACUUAUCAAUGUGUCACAGCAGUGUGAGAAGCUUGCCCGAAAGCAUUAAGCAUCUGUCACGGCUGAAAUACCUCAACUUGAGUAAUUGCGAGAGGCUUCAAUCUAUACCAGAGCUUCCAUCGUCCAUUUUGGGGUUAAGGAUGUACGUUGGAACGCAGAGCUGGGUGGCCAGAAUAUGAAACUACGGUUAGUGGAGCAUUUUGCAGAUGAGUUCAAUAAACAAGUUGGUGGUGGAAUAGAUGUGAGGAAAUUUCCCAAGGCUAUGGCAAAAUUGAAGAAGCAAGUCCGGUAUCGUCCGAACACUCCUCUAGUUCUCAAGGGCAUUACCUUAAGCAUUUAUGGAGGAGAAAAGAUUGGUGUUGCAGGCCGAACUGGAAGUGGAAAAUCAACUCUGAUUCAAGUUUUCUUUAGGCUGGUGGAACCUUCAGGAGGCAAAAUAAUUAUUGAUGGCACUGACAUAUCAGUGUUGGGGCUUCAUGAUCUUAGAUCUUGCUUUGGUAUCAUUCCUCAGGAGCCUGUCCUUUUCGAAGGAACUGUCAGAAGCAAUAUUGAUCUAACUGGACAAUACACAAAUGAAGAUAUAUGGAAGAGUUUGGAAAGGUGUCAACUAAAAGAGGCAGUGUCUGCUAAGCCUGAAAAGCUUGACUCUUUAGUGGUAGAUAAUGGAGAGAAUUGGAGUGUGGGGCAGAGGCAGUUGCUUUGUUCGGGGCGGGUUAUGCUUAAGCAAAGCCGGAUCUUGUUUAUGGACGAAGUAUUCAAGUUGAGCACUGCAAGAAGUGCAUAAUAAUAAUCAAGAUGGUUCCUUAGUGUUCACUGCUAUAUUCCUUGGUGAUGUGUGAAACUGUUGAGAGAACAAAAGUGCUAAGGAAAUUCCUAAUUCCUAAGGAUGUCAUGGAAUAAGAAGUGCCUAAACUCUUCAUGCUCUCUGGUGCUUGGUCAUAAAAAAACUCAAUCUUUGCAACCUCUAAAAAUGCAUCAGCAGUUCCCAUAAACACAAAUUGAGGUAGCAAUAUGAAUAUGCUUAGUAGAACUUGUCCUCCAUUUUGGACCAACCCAUGUUCUUUUGCAACACUAAGCCUAUACCUUUCAGUUAAAAAUACAAUUACCAUAUUCACAAUGUGAACUACCAUUCCAAUUCCCAUUC